GACGUGCAAGACUCUAAAACGAUAAACCCUAACAAUUGAGUCUUCUCUUUGCAGUCGCGCCACUCCUUGUCGUGGAAAAGCUUCAGAACAGGAAUUUUGUACACGAGAAGCGACAAUGGCGCCGGCGAAGAAGACUAAGAAGACUCAUGAGAGUAUUAACAACAGGCUUGCCCUUGUGAUGAAGAGCGGCAAGUACACGCUGGGGUACAAAACCGUCCUUCGCACUAUCCGCAGCUCCAAAGGGAAGCUUAUUAUUCUAUCGAACAACUGCCCGCCCCUGCGUAAAUCCGAGAUUGAGUACUACGCAAUGCUUGCUAAAGUUGGGGUUCACCACUACAACGGAAGCAAUGUUGAUCUUGGAACUGCUUGUGGCAAGUAUUUCCGUGUAUCCUGCCUCAGCAUUAUUGACCCAGGUGAUUCUGAUAUUAUCAAAUCGCUUCCCAGUGAGCAGUGAUGAUACCCAUCAUUCAGAACGAUGUAUUCAAUGUGGUACCACCUUUUCUCUUCAGUAAACGGUAGAAUUGCAUCUUUUUCAAUGUCCUUAGAAUAGCCCUUCUUAAUUUCUGCACUUUAAUCUUUUACAUUGAUGGCCAGAUUUUGUCAUUGACUUCGAGGUUUUGUUUAAUUGACAUGGUUGAGUAGAAUGUUCAAUUAGUUUUUAUCUAUUUAUUCCCAGACAAUUAUUUACUCCAAA